UUAAAUAUAUAUUUAAAACAAAAAAUAGAGUAAUGGCUCAAUCAAGCUCAAUGAAGCUCCUUGGCGCACGCAACAUGAGUUGCAUUGUGGAGCGCAUGGAGUGGAACAACAAAAUGGAUCUUAUUGCCUAUGGCACCGAGAAAGGCGAGGUAAUAAUACAGCGCCUAAACUGGCAAAAAAUCGUCACUUUCCCGACGCCCGGUGAGGAUGUUCGCGUGCGCUCUCUUAGCUGGCAAAUGGAUGAGACUCUGUUGGCCGUGGGCUACAGCAAUGGUAAGGUUGCGCUGCUCGAUGCUGAGAGCGAGACAAUAAUAUCGGGCCUUAUCUAUGAGGAUGACAUCAAGAAGGUAUACUUCAGCAAAGCGAUCAAUUGCAAGGAAGGCCUAGACAGUUACACAUGCAACGCCAAGGACAAGCACAAGCGCUAUUUACCGAAGCUGCCGCCGCUAACAAAUAUCGAUCCUUGCCUGAAGACUCUCGAUCAAAAGUCAUUUCCCAAGGGCUCCCCCUGUUUCCUGGUCGUUAUUAUGCGCAGCGGCAAAGUGCAUUUACUACUCCUAGGCGCCUUGCAAGCGGGAAGCAUAGAUCUCACACAACAUGUACUCAAUCCCGAUCAGUUCGAUGUGUAUGAUGUGCGGCUGAAUGGGGACUUUAAUGCUAUCUAUGCACUGCUACGCGACGGUCAGCAACUGAAGCUAUUGCACUUUCAUAAUCAAGUACUGCAGGAUUCCAUAUCGCCCAUGCUGGAGCUGGCUUCGCACUGUGCUCACAUUCUAGAGACCAAAAAUUACAUCAACGACACACAACAAUGCCUAACGGAGGCCUGGGAAACUGUACAAUUGGAAAUGGACAACAAGUUGACAAAGUACGCCAAUUCGCAGGCUUAUGGCAUGAUCUCUGCGCACUUCCUGGAGCUGCUCGUAUUCGGAUAUGCCACCCUGGAGGUCGAGGAGUUUCUGUUCGAAACGCUCACGGAGAAGGGCUUUAAGAAAAUAGCCAACUCGGUAGAUCUGUCCCUGAACAAUCUGCAAGGUCUAGUCUUCAAGCAGCUCAACGGUGCCGCGAUUAAUAUGUUUUACUUCCUCAAUACGAUUGCGGGCUUUGGACGCAUGACGCAUUUCUUCGAGGCACUCAUCUCGCCGGAUGUGGCCAGCGAGGCGAUGCGUGCCUGCGGCUCCUUUUUGCUAAAGGUGCAUGAGCUGCAGCGCACGAUUGACGCAUUGGUGUACAACAUGAAGCUGUUCCACUCCUGGGUUAUAUUCACCAUACUGCGUCUGUCCCAUCAGGAGAUACCCGACGAUAUGGUCUUCACCGGCAAAGAGAAUCUUGCGCUGGCCGAAUUCUUUUGCGCUAUGGAACCGGAAAUACCAGAGCCCUCUGAAGAACUAGACAUCAGCAUCGACAAAUCAGCUACGACGUCGACAACAGCUGCAGCAGCAACUGCAACAGCAGAAGAGGAGCUGCCGGGUGAUGGCAGUCCGGCGCCGCCAACGACCACGCGCAGUAAAUUCAACUUGGAACGCGUGGGACAGUAUCUGGAGAAUGCUUAUUUGACUCAGCCUCAUCCCGUGAACCCAGCGGAAGUCUGGCCACGCCUGCUGGCCGAAAAUGAGUGUCUAGCCCAAUGCAACCUGCUUGUGCCGCACGAUAAAAGGCUAUCCCUUAUACAGCAGCGCGACAAAAUGUUCAACGCCAUUGAUGCAGUAUUCCACAAGCCCACGGAAAGUAUCAGUGCCAGCUUCAAGCUGAGCUCGACUGUGAUAUGCGGCGACCUCCAACAUCUGAAUGCCGAGUCUGCGGCUGAGCCGGACCAGCAGCCGAAUAGCGAUUUUGUGAAUUGCAGCUACUAUGUACAUGAGGCAACCCAAUGUGAUAUGCUGGCAUUGACAAUCGGUCGGCAAGAGGCGAUGGUGCUGGAGUUCAGUCGAGGCGAGGACUGCCUGCUGCGAUGCAUUCGCGUGCAGCUGCAGCCGGGUCCAUUUACCGCUCAGCUCCAGGAGGACUACUACAAUCUGCGCUUUGUCGAUCUACAAUUCUACAACGAAUCCUCAUUGUCCAUGCUGGCGCAGACGUCAACAACCGCAACAGGUGCACGUCCGCACAGCUACUUCCUGCAGUUUUCGCUGAGCGCCGCAAGGAAUCACUGCACCCAGCACCAGUUGACGCCACUCAUGAAACUGGAUGAGGCGACUGUGACGCACAGUGUGCACGAUAUACCAGAUGCGGCUGCAUUCAAGGCCCUGGACGGCGUCUGUGAGAUGUUGGCCGUCUCGGGCAGUCGAAAGGUAGCUACCGUUCUCUCUGAUCGGCGGCGGAAGAUGACGAUAUUUGAAAUGGAAAUUGAGGAGGAGGAGGACGACACAGAAAUGUCACAGACAUCAUUCUUAGAGAUCAGCAAAGAAUCUGUGCUGGCCACCGGAUCCAUCGAUUUGGAGAAACACAACGAUACGUAGUAGUUU